AUGAAGUUCACCACCGCUCUCUCUGUCUUCGCCGUUACCGGCUCUGCUCUGGCCUCUGCCGUCCCUGCCACCAACGACGACCUCACCCAGCAGCUCACUGCCCAAGUCCACGAGGCUGCUCGCCAGAUUGAGGAUGCCAACCUCGAGAAGAGGGACACCAGCAAGUGCAUUGAUCCUAAACUAUGCUGCGGCACCCUCACCACUCCUCUCGACCCCAUCGUCGACCCCAUUCUCAAGGGACUAGGUAUCGACGCUGCUAGUAUUGUUGGCUCCGUCGGCCUUCUCUGCCACGCCUACGAUGACUCUUGCACCACCGCUCCCCAGUGCUGCACUGAGGUCAACCUCUUGGGUGGCACACUUGCUCUUGGCUGCAGCGAUCUCUAA